AUGAGAGACAUAGAAGAGGAAAUACCCCCUUUAGAUCAGGACGCAGAGAUAACAUUGCUGGUUGGCAGAGAUUUGCUGCCUGCCCACCACAUUCUGGACCAAAGACUGGGAGACUCCGACUCCCCAUUUGCUCAAAGACUGCACCUAGGGUGGGUAGUGAUCGGUGAGAAAACCGACAUAUUCGCUAAGACGAAGCAUGACGACUCACCUGGCCUCUCCAUAGAGGAUAAGAAGUUCAACGAUAUCAUGGAGCAAGGUUUUGAAAGAGAUUCUGAAGGAUGUUGGUCAGCACCGCUUCCGUUUAGAGAGAACAGACAGCUCCUUCCGAGCAAUAGAAAUCAUGCACUUCACAGAGCAAACCUACUUACUAGAGGACUUCAGAAGGAUCCUGACAAAAAACGGCAUGUCAUGGAAUUCAUGAGCAAACUCCUUGAUAAUGGUCACGCUGAGAUUGCGCCACCACUUUCUUCCCCAGAGGAGGAACAUUGGUUUCGACAGUUCCAGGUAGCAGUGACAGCAGACGUAGAACAGAUGUUUUACCGCUUCUCAGUUCCAGCAUGUCACCGAAACUUUUUACGAUUCUUUUGGCACAAAGACGAUGUAGAGAAAGAACUUACAGAGUACAGAAUGAAGAGACAUGUCUUUGGGAAUAGUGCGUCCCCAGCAGUAGCUACUUUGGGACUUCGCAGAACUGUAAGAAAUGCCGAUGAGGAUGUCAGACAAUUUGUGUGUAAAAACUUUUACGUUGAUGACAGCCUCAUAUCCGUAGAUACAGUUGAAGAAGCAGUCAACAUAGUCGCGAAAACGCAGAAAAUUCUUAUGGAGGAAGGGAAUAUCAGGUUGCAUAAAUUGGCUUCCAAUGAUCCGAAGGUAUGCGCGGCAUUUCCAAACAAUGACUUAGCCAAAGAACUCAAGGAUCUGAACCUAGAUUUAGAUGAAACACCCCUUCAACGGACCCUUGGUGUGAGCUGGAAUUUGUCUACAGACGUGUUUACAUUUCAAGUCUCGCGUACUCUUCACCCUUAUACAAAAAGGGGAGUACUUGCAACUAUUAAUAGCCUUUACGACCCUAUUGGAUUCCUCGCACCUGUUAUAGUGAAAGGUAAAAAGAUAUUACGCGACUUGAUGGCCGAGAAAUUAGACUGGGAUGACCCACUCCCUGAGGACCAGUACUCUCUAUGGUGUGAGUGGCGAGAGUCAUUGCCAGCGUUAGAGGACAUAACAAUACCAAGGGCUUACGCUUACAUCAAUAGUGCAGAGGUCUUGCGAAGAGAACUACACAUAUUUGCCGAUGCGUCACAAAAGGCAAUUGGUGCAGUGGCCUACAUGAAGACUUACCAGACAGACGGCACCCCUCAUGUAGGAUUUGUCCAGGCAAAGGCAAAGGUGGCACCCGUACAUGGACACACGAUUCCACGUCUGGAAUUGUGUGCAGCUGUGUUGGCAUCUCAACUGAAAAGCACAAUUUUGAACAACCUAGAUGUUGAAAUAGCCGCCACAACCUUGUAUUCAGAUAGCAAGGUCGUACUUGGAUACAUCAACAACGAACGCAGACGAUUCUACAUAUAUGUGGGAAAUAGAGUAGAAAGAAUACGUCAGGCGACAUCUUCGCAUGAGUGGGAAUAUUGUCCUACAGAUCAAAACCCGGCCGACAUUGCCACCAGGUCAAUCAAACCCUGCGACCUUCAAGAGAGCAGAUGGUUAUGUGGACCCCAUUUCCUUAGGAACAUGAAAGAGGAAAAGUGUAAUCCCAGUGAACCAGGAAAUCCCACUGACAGAUUCCCAUUGGUGGAUGUGGAACAAGAUAAAGAAGUGAGGCCCAUUGUGAAGACCUUGCAUACCACAUGCAAGGAUGAAGUAUACCACUCCUGGUGCGAGAGAUUUAAGAAUUUCUCCUCUUGGAUCGGACUAGUCAGAGCUAUUGCGCGACUGCAGCACCUUGCUCACUCCUUUAACAAGUCUAGUAGCUGUGUGGGAUGGCACCAUUGUUCAGUCCCGAAGAGUGCUGAAGCAUACAAAAGAGCUGAAGAAUUCAUUAUGAAGGCAGUUCAGAGAGAAUACUUUCCGGAGGAAGUUGAGAGCCUUAUGGAGGGGAGAGAAAUUAAGAAAGGAAACGCUAUCUUGGGAUUGUCACCGUUUUUAGACUCCAGAGGACUUCUACGAGUUGGAGGAAGGUUGAGGUGUGGAACCAAAUCACUUCGUCAGAUUGAAACUUGUCCUAUAUUGAUACCGAAAGGAAGUCAUUUAGCCACAUUGUUAGCUCUAUAUUGUCAUGAACAGGUCUUUCAUCAAGGUCGACGCCUCACAGGAGGGAAACUUCACAGCAUGGGAUUCUGGAUUGUGGGAGCAAAGAGGUUAAUCAACAGUCUUCUGGGGAAAUGUGUCAUCUGCAAAAGAUUGCGUGGUACAUUCUGCUCUCCUAAAAUGGCCGAACUUCCUGAAGACCGUUUAAGUCCUGGACCCCCCUUUACCUACGUCGGAGUAGAUGUAUUCGUCCUUGGAGCAUAA